UGGGUAGCAAAUGUGUUUUUAAGCCGACAUAGCAAAAUAAAUAAAUGAGCUUUACGUGUGAAAUGAUUGAACAUUAUACUGCAAUUUAACAACACACAUUUCCUUUGCUGCCUUCUAUAUAUACUGAAGUAGAACCGCGUUAGUGAGCAAGAAAUCUGUUUAGUAUUUGUGAAUGUCAUUUCAGACUGAACAGUGUACCUCUUAAACAAUCGUUAGCUAUUUGGUCUAUUAUAAAGAUAAGUAAUUCUGCAAUCUUAUCUUUUGUAGUGCACUAUUACUACUGUGGAAAGCUGUAUAGUUAAGCAAUCCUUUCGUAUUACAUUGUGUUUGCAAUUGUUCCUCUGAAAAAUAGCACGUGCAUUAUGCAACGCAUAGCUGUCAUUGGUGGCACCGGUAUGACCGGUCAAUGUGUAGUUGAUUACGCAUUACAAAAAGGAUUAAAGGUCCGUCUUUUAUAUCGCAGUGAGAAAACUCUUCCCGAUCGUUUUAAAGACAAAGUGGAAUUAGUUAAAGGCGAUGCCUUAAAUUUAGAAGACUGUAAAAAUGUUAUUGACGGUGUUGACGGCGUUUGCAUUAUUUUGGGAACACGCAAUAAGUUGGAGGCUACCACCGAAUUAUCAAGUGGCACGAAGAAUUUGAUUACAGCCAUGAAAGAAAAAGGUGUGCGCCGUUUCUCCAUUGUAAUGUCAUCAUUUUUAUUCCGUCCUCUUAAUGAAGUGCCUGGAGUAUUUCAUAAACUGAACGAGGAGCACAAACGUAUGCUAGAUUUGACAAAGGAGUCUGGUUUGGACUAUGUGGCUAUAUUACCACCACACAUAUCCGAUGAACCAUCCAGCGAUUAUACAGUGUUACAUGACGAUGCUCCUGGUCGAGCUAUUUCUAAGCAUGAUUUAGCAAAAUUCGUUGUUGAUUCAUUGGAACAAGAUGAACACAUUGGCAAAGUAUGUGGAGUAGCAAAGAAAAUAACACAGUAACAGUAUACGAACAAAGCCUCUAUCUGUUCGCCCAUAUAAUAAUGUAUCUGUUUAAUUAUACAUUAUUAUGCAAACGAAACUGCACAAAAGCAAUUAACAUACACAUGUGUAUAUUCAUAUAUGCAUAUUUACCGUUGUAUAUUUAAAUUAUUAUGGAUUUAUGGUAAAGCGCAGCUACAUAUAUGGAAUUAAAUAAAUUACGUUGAACCUAAAAA